UUUUAUUUCCCCUUCUUAUUAUCUCCUUCUUCCUUCGUUCUUCGAUAAAUAAAGACAAUUUGCUAUUUUUUUCACAUAUUUGAUGCGCCUCAGGAUGAAAGGAGGCCCUUACAAACUGAGGUGGAGGGCUAAAGAAUUCUUUCUGGCUCUUAUUGUUCUUGUAUGUGCAACUAUUCUUAUUUGGACAUGGGACAGAAGUCCAACACUUAUUUCAGCAGUAUCAUCAAAAAAUCAGUUGCAGCUCCCUCCAGAUACUAAAACAGUACCAGAAGAUCCCCAAAGACACGUUAAAGAAGAUAUUUCUACAUUGACACGGAGUGAAGCUGUAAAUAACAAACAGGAACAUCAUUUGGACGAGCCAGAUUCUACUGGCACUGCCAAAAGUUACUCAGACUUUGAAACAGCUCCUAUACAGAAGAAAGAAGAGGAAGCAACAAAACACAAAGGCAGUCCCAAAAGAGAGAAAACUGGUUCUAUUGAAAGUGGAUCAGCCUCAACACAGAUAGAGGAAGCACACAAUGUAAUUUUAAGAGGAAGAACUUCAGAACAAGAAGAAAAAACGGUGGAGCAUCAAGAAGAGGAAGCAACAAAACACAAAGGCAGUCCCAAAAGAGAGAAAACUGGUUCUAUUAAAAGUGGAUCAACCUCAACACAGAUAGAGGAAACACACAAUGUAAUUUUAAGAGGAAGUACUUCAGAACAAGAAGAAAAAACGAUGGAGCAUCAAGCCUGUGAUUACACAAAAGGGAAAUGGGUAAUAGACGAUAGACGACCUUUGUAUUCCGGGCGUGGUUGUAAACAGUGGCUAGCACCAAUGUGGGCUUGUCGUAUGAUGCAGCGUCAAGAUUUUGCCUUUGAGAAUCUAAGAUGGCAACCAAAAGAUUGUGAAUUGGAAGAGUUUGAAGGGCAAAAGUUCUUAAAAAGGAUGCAAAACAGAACACUAGCUUUUGUCGGAGAUUCAUUGGGUAGGCAGCAGUUCCAGUCUCUAAUGUGCAUGAUCACAGCUGGUAAAGAAAGCGCGGAUAUCCUCAAUGCUGGCCCGGAGUUUGGACUUGUCAUACCACCGGGUGGUAAACGUCCUAAUGGUUGGGCCUACCGAUUUCCCAGCACCAAUACUACUGUCCUUUACUAUUGGUCUUCAACUCUCUGUGAUUUGGAGCCUCUUAACCCCAAGGAUCCACAAACAGAAUAUGCAAUGCAUCUCGAUCGACCUCCAGCAUUUCUGCGUGAUUUUCUCCACAGAAUCGAUGUCUUGGUUCUAAACUCGGGGCAUCAUUGGAAUCGAGGGAAACUCAGGGCUAACAAGUGGAUCAUGUACGUUGGGGGCGAGGCUAAUACCAACAGGAAGAUAGCCAAUAUUGGAAGUGCCAAGAACUUCACAAUCCACAGCACAAUUAAGUGGCUGAACUCUCAACUUCCGAAACAUCCUCAUCUGAAAGCCUUUUAUCGGAGUAUCUCCCCGAGGCACUUUGUAAACGGAGAUUGGAACACCGGGGGGAGCUGUAACAAUACUACUCCCAUGUCUAUAGGGAAAGAGGUAUUACAAGAAGAGUCCAGCGAUCACGGUGCUGCCAGUGCUGUGAGCGGCACAGGGAUUAAACUUCUCGACAUAACAGCAUUGUCUCAGGUCAGGGAAGAGGGCCACAUAUCUCGGUUCAGUCUUACGGCAUCGCCCGGAUUCCAGGACUGCCUGCAUUGGUGUUUGCCCGGUGUCCCCGACACAUGGAAUGAAAUCCUCUUCGCAUUAAUUUAGUCUCGAAUUGUUCUUUGCUUCAAUGCCCCAAGACACAAAUGCGUUUCCUUCUCCUAUCAUCGUUCGGGCAUACUCUCGGCGGCGGCGUUUUAAUGGCUUCUCCCAAGUCGAAUCGGCUAACUCCUAGUGUUAUCAAACCACUAAAUUUCGGUGGUUAGUUUACUUAAAAAUAGGUGUAGUAUCUAGAGCUUUAGCUUAGUGUGUGCCAUAACAUUUUAUAUAUUUAUACUUUUAAGAACAUCGCCGGAGGAGAGUCCGUUGAACAGAAGUUGGCCGGAAAAUGAGUACAUUUGCAGCCUUCGAUGAUGGAAGGGAGAGUAGUGCUGGAAUUCUUGUAUGUUAAAUGCUAUUAAAACUAGGGAAAAAAAAUCAAAUGUCUAUUUCUGAAUUAUAUUUAGGUUUAUAUAACAAAUAAGUACCUAAAGUAUGUCCUCUUUUUCAUUUAA